GGGUUGGCGGUGUUCUCGUGAGACGUUCACGAGGAAUCAGACUUCAGAAGGAUCGCAAUAUCAACCUCUGUCUCUUUGAUCACACUACUCUUUCUCUGUUCUUCCCCUAAAAUCAAAGGAAAGCUCUGUUGCUUCUCCUUUGUCUUCCCUUUUCCGGGAAAAUUUUUCCACGGAAAGAAAGUUCACACUCGCUUUUCAUUGCCAUCUGGGUUUUAGCUGUUUCAUUGUCGAAUCGGCUUUCCAAAGUUUGGGCCUUUUUAACACCUUUCCUUUUUGCACGAUCAAAUCGAAUCUAGGGUUUCAUCCCUGUUCUUCUAUUUUUUCUAUAAAAUAAUCAAGCGUUGUCUUUUUUUUUUUUUUUCUGGAAUCCCUUUUUCUUGAUCUGGGUAUUUCUAAAUUUGAUAUACUGGGAUCCCACGUAUUUCCGCAUCCCCACUUGCGUAUCUCCUUCAAAUCCUUUGAUUUUAAUAUUCUUUUUAAGUUAUAGAACCUGGGUUCCCUGUCUUUCUCUCCGUAAACAAUGGAGUCCCACUGUUCAGCUUUGAAGCUUCAUCGUAUAAGUACCAUUUGUCCGAACAAAGAAAUGGUUUCUGACAGAGUAAGUUUGUUCUGGGGACAGAGUGUUGUGAAAGCUAACAAUCUUAGGUCAAAAAAAGAAAGAAGAGGAGCUACAAAGUAUCAGACAAAUCUCGUUCGCUCUGUUUCUACACGAGGAGUUGAUCAGAAAGCUAAUAAUGCAUUCCCAGCACCAGUUUUGAAGAGUGAGAAGGCAGACCCAAAGAAUGUAGCUUCUAUCAUACUGGGCGGAGGAGCCGGGACACGACUGUUCCCUCUCACGAGCAAAAGGGCUAAACCCGCGGUGCCGAUUGGAGGGUGUUACAGGCUGAUAGAUAUACCGAUGAGCAAUUGUAUCAACAGUGGGAUAAGAAAGAUCUUUAUCUUAACUCAGUUCAACUCCUUUUCUCUCAAUCGCCAUCUUUCUCGUGCUUACAACUUUGGAAGUGGAGUGAACUUUGGCGAUGGGUUUGUUGAGGUUCUUGCUGCUACCCAAACAUCAGGAGAAGCUGGAAAACGCUGGUUCCAAGGAACUGCCGAUGCUGUCAGACAAUUUAUUUGGGUGUUUGAGGAUGCGAAGACAAAGAAUGUCGAGCAUGUCUUGAUCUUGUCUGGUGAUCAUCUCUAUCGUAUGGACUACAUGAACUUUGUGGAGAAGCACAUCGAGUCAAAUGCCGAUAUUACAGUUUCUUGUGUUCCAAUGGAUGACAGCCGUGCUUCGGAUUACGGGCUGAUUAAAAUCGACCAAUCGGGAAGAAUCAUCCAAUUCUCCGAGAAACCAAAGGGAGAUGAACUCAAAAAGAUGCAAGUUGAUACUUCCAUUCUUGGUCUACCGUCGGAAAGAGCUGUUGAAUUCCCAUACAUUGCUUCGAUGGGAGUUUACGUGUUUAGAACAGAGGUUUUGCUAAAGCUUCUAAACUCGACUUAUCCUGCAUCAAAUGACUUUGGUUCUGAAAUAAUCCCGUCAGCUGUGAAGGAGCAUAAUGUCCAGGCGUAUUUGUUCAACGACUACUGGGAGGACAUCGGGACAAUAAGGUCAUUUUUCGACGCAAAUUUAGCUCUCACUGAACAGCCCCCCAAGUUCGAGUUUUACGAUCCAAAAACACCGUUCUACACGUCCCCACGAUUCUUGCCGCCUACCAAAGUUGAUAGAUGCAGGAUAUUGGAUUCGAUAGUUUCACACGGCUGCUUCUUGCGAGAAUGUAGCGUUCAACGAUCCAUCGUGGGAGUGCGUUCACGUUUAGAGUCUGGGGUCGAGCUUCAGGAUACAAUGAUGAUGGGAGCUGAUUUCUACCAGACAGAAGUCGAAAUCGCUUCCCUUUUGGCUCAAGGAAAAGUUCCGAUAGGCGUCGGUCCGGACACCAAAAUCAGGAACUGUAUCAUCGAUAAGAAUGCUAAGAUUGGGAAAAACGUUAUCAUCACGAACGCCGAUGGUGUGGAAGAAGCAGACAGGGCAGAGGAAGGGUUCUACAUAAGAUCUGGCAUCACUGUUGUCCUCAAGAAUGCCACCAUUAGAGAUGGAUUGGUUAUUUAGGUUUUGAUUAAUCUUUUUCUUUUUCUUUCCAGGCUUUAAGAUCCGUGUUUAAGAUCAGUGAAUAACGAAAGAAACCCAUAGCUAAUAAAAAGGCAUGUGGAUUUCAUA